AUGAGCCAAGAUGCUUCACCGCUCCGCUACGUGCGGUAUGAGCGCUCGCGCGAGAAUGAGUAUGUCGCCGCAAUGCGCCAACUGAUCUCCAAAGAUCUCUCCGAGCCCUACAGUAUCUACGUCUACCGCUACUUCCUGUACCAAUGGGGCGAUCUGUGUUUUCUUGCGAUGGACGAAAAGGACGAGAUGGUUGGUGUCGUGGUGUCAAAGCUAGAGCCGCAUCGCGGUGGUCCAAUGAGGGGGUAUAUCGCCAUGCUGGCCGUGCGCGAGGAGUACCGGGGUCGAGGUAUUGCGACAAAACUGGUGCGCAUGGCUAUCGAUGCAAUGACUGAGCGAGAUGCAGACGAGAUCGUUCUCGAGACCGAAAUGACCAAUACCCCCGCAAUGAAGCUAUACGAGCGUCUGGGCUUUAUCCGCAGCAAACGACUUCAUCGCUACUAUUUGAAUGGCAGCUCUGCCUAUCGCCUUGUCCUUUACCUGAAAGAAGGGAUUGGUUCGAUUCGAACGGGGUUUGAUCCUCUUGCGCCACCACACCCGGGAAUGGCAGAACCACCGAUUAUCCCUGCUGGGGCUACACAAGGCGAUAGCUCAGGAUAG